CUGUCUGUAAGUGUUCCUAAUUCUUCCCUCCUCUUUGUUACACAGGACGCACUGGUUGGAACAACAAAGUUUAAGGUCCAGCUGUACUCUGAACCAGACUUCCAGGGAAGGCUGGUCAUCCUGGAGGGCAGCACAGAAGCUCUGGACGAUGACUUUAAGCCUCGGUCCUGUAAGGUGUUAGCAGGCAGCUGGGUGGCGUAUGAGGGGGCCGGGUUCAAAAACAACAUGUAUGUGCUGGAGGAGGGACCGUACCCGGACACGGAGGCCAUGGGCCUCCCUAAGCCGGGCUGCAGAGGCCGCCGCACGGUGCUGAGGGGCGGGGCUAUAAACCUACCGCAGGCCGGCAUGAACGCGUGCGUGCGCUCCCUGCUGGUGGAGGGAGGAACAGACCUGAGGUUCAACAAAAUCAAGGAUUUGCAGCCGGGGUCCUUCAGGCGACUGAACAACCUCAACACGCUCCUCCUGAACAACAAUCACAUACGAAGGAUCCCCAGAGCGGCCUUCGAAGACCUGGAAAACCUCAAAUAUCUGUACCUGCACUUCAACAACAUUGAGUCUCUGGAACCGGAGUCAUUCAGCCAUCUGCCAAAGCUGGAACGACUGUUUUUGCACAACAACAGAAUUUCCCAGCUAGUUCCUGGGACCUUCUCCCAUCUCCAGGCCAUGAAGCGACUGCGGCUGGACUCCAACGCGCUGAACUGCGACUGCGAGCUGCUGUGGCUGGCCGACCUGCUGAAGCAGUACGCCGAGUCGGGCAACGCCCAGGCGGCCGCCACCUGCGACUUCCCCGCCCGCCUGCAGGGCCGGUCGGUGGCCACGCUCACCGCCCAGGAGCUCAACUGCGAGGUACCGAGGAUCACCUCAGAGCCCCAGGAUGUCGAUGUAACUUCCGGAAACACCGUUUACUUCACAUGCAGGGCCGAAGGCAACCCCAAACCCCAGAUCAUCUGGCUCAGGAACAACAAUGCCUUAAACAUGCGUGAUGACAGCCGUCUGAACCUGCUGGAAGACGGGACGCUGAUGAUUCAGGACACCAGGGAGACGGACCAGGGGGUGUACCAGUGCAUGGCCAAGAACGUGGCCGGAGAGGUCAAGACGUCUCAGGUCACCCUGCGAUACUUCGGAGCUCCCUACGCACAGAAGUGCGUUUUGUCCGGCACGCCGUCCUCUGACCGCCACAUUCAAAGCCGAGGGAGACUCGAUGGGUUUUCUCUGGACCACCCCGGGGUCAUCGGCAGAACAGCUGUUGUCCGUUUCCUGUCUCCGUGUGACUCACGGCCGAGUUUCGUGAUCCAGCCCCUGAACACGGAGGUCCUGGUGGGGGAGAGCGUGACCCUGGAGUGCAGCGCCACCGGCCAGCCGCAGCCCCGGGUGUCCUGGACCAAAGGCGACCGCACGCCGCUGCCCAGCGACGCCCGCAUCAACAUCACGCCCUCCGGAGGCCUGUACAUCCAGAACGUGGUCCAGGAGGAUGGGGGCCAGUACACCUGUUUCGCCUCCAAUAAUGUGGACACUAUACACGCCACGGCCCACAUCAUCGUACAAGCCACCCCCCAGUUCACGGUCUCUCCCCGGGACCAGUCGGUGCUGGAGGGCCACACGGUGGACUUCCCCUGCGAGGCCAGCGGCUACCCGCAGCCGGUCAUCGCCUGGACGCGGGGGGGGAGCCCCCUGCCGCUGGACCGCCGCCACGCCGUCCUGUCCUCGGGCGCGCUGCGCAUCACCCGGGUGGCCGCGCACGACCAGGGCCAGUACGAGUGCCAGGCCAUCAGCCCCGUGGGGACGGUGCGCACGGCCGUGCAGCUGAGCAUCGAGCAGAGAGGUGAGGCUUCAGCCCUCUAG